UCUUAUUUGAUUAUUUAGUUAAUAUUAUCCCCCAGCUUUAUGCAUUAUGUCAUUUUAAUUAAGCAGGAAAAUUUAUAGAUUUUUUUCAUUUUAAAUACAUAUAUGAAAUCUUUGAUAGUAUAAUGCAAUACAAAGGGCAGAAAUUCAAUCAAUUAUCAAAGAAAUUUGAAACUGCAAGCAAAUCUUUGAUAGUAUAAUGCAAUACAACGGGAUACUUUAUUGGCGCGUCUACCCCAUCGACGGUGUCGACGUCUUCUUGCUCAAUGGUUUAGGUUCUCCUAGCAUCUGCAAGCUCGGUUACCAACAAAUUCAUAGUUCCAACCUGGUUUUUUAUUUUUUUUUUGAGCCAUUUGUAACUGUCUGCUUCUAAAGCUCAUGUAAUAACCUCAUGUUCCUUUUUGGUAUAAUAUUAACAUUUUAUCAAAAAAAAAAGAAAUUUGAAAAUUCGGUGGCAGUAUUAACGUUUAUUGCACAUACUCAGAAGUCAGAACAUUUAUUAAACAUGGUAUCAUGAAGAUUUAUAUGUGGCUAUGAAGAUACUUAACGUCAAUAUCUUGUAGUUGCUUUUGCAUUUGUCUUCUCUAAAUAUCAUUUGUAUACUUGGAUCGUUGUGAGCGAACGAGGCAAAGGUUUUAUCUUUCACCUUUUUUUCUUUUUUAUACCAUUUAUUAUAAUUUUGUUGGUCUUGUGUCGUUACGAUUUGAGUGUUAACUUUAUGUUGGCGAGAAAAAAAGAUAUUAUGUCGUCACAGACUCGCAAGCACCGCCUAUAUAAAUAUGAAACGGAACAGAAACAUCAACAAAAAUUAAAUUAUCCCACUAUCGGAUGUCCUAUUCUUCCCAUAUAUGUGAACGGAACGGAACCCACACACUUGUUCAAAAUCAUUUGGCUAUUUGGCUGUUUCUUCCGAUUUGUUUAAUUUAAAACAAAUAUAAUAGAAAAAUACGAUCUCAUCUCUAACGAUCGGCUAUUAUUUUUUUGUAAAUGACAUGAUACAAUUAUUAGGUAUGACUAUUUGUAAAUAUGUGUGCAUGUGUUUUCUAAAGAUAUAUAAAACGAAUUUUCUUUUCUAAAAAGUUCUAUAAAAUGACCAUAGAUAUGGCUGUCCAGUUAACUUGCAUUAGUGUUGUGCUCUUGAAUUUGAUCCAUUGUAAGAAGAAGAGUGUUUUACGCCUUUAAAAGUAUUAGCAAAGCCUGAUUGUGGGCCAAGAGAAAAUUAAUGUCCAUAGCCCGAACUCUCCUGAAAAUUAAAAGAAAAUAUUUUAAAAACGUAUAUUGUAGCUUAUGCAUGUGAGUGCAUGUAUAUAAGCAUAUCAUGUGGAAGCACCGUAGCCUAUUAGUUAAGGUUUAAAGGCUUCUACACCCAGGUCUGGGGUUCGAAUCCCACACUAUGCAAUUUAUUUCAGAUUACAGGAAAUCUAGGUUUCAAGUCCCGGAGAGAGCGGUUUAUUAAACAAUUAUGCAGACUACAGAGGAAAAGCUUGCAAGGGAUCUUCAACAUGGUGCAAGUAAAUCUGGCCAGAUGUAGAUCUUCAUAGGACGGCUCAGGUGAUGCAAUUAGGCGUAGGUCUUCAUAAGGCAGGUAGUAUUGUCGGUUGUCGAAUCGUCUAUGUAAUAUUUCCUAUAUCAUAAUUGUAAGAUCGUAAUAAAUCAGCGUUAAAAAAAAAAUAUAAGCAUAUCAUAAUUUACAGAAGAAAUUAAAGCAAACAAAAGUUGAGUUACGACUCUGGCUUUUGAGUGGCGGUUGUCUGUACGCGCUUAUCUCUUUUCAUUUCUUCUUCGUUUCACUUGGAGGCAGGCCCGGCCCAGUAAAAAUUACUGCCUAAAGCAACAAAUAAGAAAUUGACACCCCAAUGUAAUUGAACUGAAAUUACUGAUGUUUUUUGGUGCCUUAAACCCUAGCUUUGCCAGCUUUAGGUCAGGACCAGUUCUGUUUGGAGGGGGAUAUCUUCGGUCACAGCUCAUGUUUCUACGAUCGAUCUCUUUUUCACCUCUUCCUUGUAAAUCGGAUCUUUUUAUCGACAUAAGCGUUAAACUUCGUUUAAAGGUUUUCUCUUUUUCUUUUUGCCGAAGCGGUUAGAUCUGAUGGUGCAGCAGAUCUACAUGUUGAUUCAGUUGGUAUGGUGGCUCGUCAGACAACAACUUACUCUCUCUGCUAGAGGACAGUGGAAACGCUCGCUAAACUUUGCAAAUGAGUCAGUGGGGCAAAAAAUUUAGCACUACGAUUACGAGAGUUCUCAUCAGUGACGGAUCUUUCUAUGGGAAUUGAGGUUUCACUCGAAAUGCAUCUUUUCAAAGCGAACCUUGGUGCUUUAGGUUUGACCUCGUUUGAUAUGUUAAAGCUUGAUCGAUUUAGCUGACAAAUCUCGAUAUUAGGUCAAUAUUGGUUUUGAUAAAUUAUACUUGACAUUAUUGUCACGAAAUGAGGGAUCGACUACGUCCGAGAACUUGAUCUGGACUUCGGAUUAGUAACUAAUAUUGUUUGUUAUGUUGUAACUCAUAUAUCAUUAUUAAAGUAAAAUUCUGUAUAAAUAUUUAUUUUGGCAAGACUCUUGAAAUAUAUUACUAACUAAGAAAUCAUAUAUAUAUCAAAAUUAAAGUGUAUACAAAUAAAAAUAAACUAAAUAUAAUUAGAAACAUUUUUACAUUAACUUUUAUAACAUAUUAAUAUAUAUUUAUUUUAUUUAUCAAAAUUAGUUUUAAGUGUGCAUUACAAAUACAAAACAAUAGUAAUACUAAUCAAAUAAAUAUUUUGUUGAUAUUUAACUGAUUAAAAUUUUAUUUAAAAUUAUCAGUUCAUUUGGUUAAUUAAAAUUUUCAUUUUUACUGAUUGAAAGUAUUUUAAACAAAACAAAAAUAUCCUAAUUUAUUAUAAUCUAUAUAUUUAAAUAUAACAUAUUUUAAAUUAGGGGAUAAGAGAGAUAUUAUAGAUAAAUAAUCAUUAAAUAAAAUAAAAUUAUUCUAUAUGAUUUAGAUUGUUAAACAAAAUAAAAUAAUAUCAUAUUUAAUUAAAACUAUUUUUAUAUCUUCACAAGAUUUGGAGAUAUACAUAAUAUUUUAUUUCUUAUCAUAAAUUUAUAUUUUUAACUAAUUUUUUGUUGGAACAAAAUCUUGUUCUUUUUUUUGAAUAAGGAACAAAAUCUUUUAAGAAGCAUUUACAUAGAAUAUACUUCAGUUAAGUCUAAUAUAUAUCGAUCACAUCAUAACAAACAUUUACAGAGUACAAAACACUAGCAAUUUUGCAAUAAAAAUAUUCAGCAUGGGAUAUCGUUUAGCACUCGUUUGCUCAGCUAUCGUGUUGCUAAGCAUCUCCGGCUUAAGCCAUGCCGGAGUCACCAGUAGCUACACCAGAGUAGCUGAACCUUCUGAAGAGAUGCCACUUGAAACCUUCCCUCCUCCUGCCGGCUUAAACGCUCCAGAACAAGUACUUUCAAAUUUAUCUAUAUUGAAUCAACUUCUACUAAAAAAAAUUUUAAAAAAAAAGAAUCAACUUCUACUUUUAUUACUUAUAGACUUACGAAAACUCUUUCUCCUUUCUCAGGUUCAUAUAACGCAGGGAGAUCACAACGGUCGAGGUAUGAUAAUCUCGUGGGUGACGCCAAUAAACGAUGAUGGUUCUAACUUCGUUAAAUACUGGAUCGCGGAUAGUGAUGAGAGUACAAAGGAGAGCGCUGAAGCAUCAACGUCGUCCUACACAUACUACGAUUACACCUCUGGUUUUCUUCAUCACGCCACUAUUAAAGGGCUUGAGUAUGAUACUAAGUAUUUCUACGAGCUCGGAACCGGUCGUUCCAGUAGACGUUUCUCUUUCACAACUCCUCCAAAAGCCGGUCCUGAUGUUCCCUAUACAUUUGGCGUCAUUGGUGAUCUAGGGCAAACCUAUGCCUCUAACCAGACAUUGUAUCAUUACAUGUCGAACCCUAAAGGCCAAGCUGUUCUUUUUGUUGGAGAUUUGUCGUACGCGGAUGACCACCCGAACCACGACCAAAGAAAAUGGGAUUCUUAUGGCCGAUUUGUGGAACCAAGUGCUGCGUAUCAGCCUUGGAUAUGGGCUGCAGGGAACCACGAAAUUGAUUUUGCACAAUCAAUAGGCGAGACUCAGGCUUUCAAGCCGUACAAAAACCGUUACCACGUUCCCUAUAGAGCCUCGAAGAGCACUUCUCCACUUUGGUACUCAAUAAAACGAGCCUCAGCAUACAUCAUCGUACUCUCCUCUUACUCAGCUUUUGACAAGUAUACACCACAAAACUCGUGGCUCGAGAGUGAGCUCAAGAAAGUAAACAGAGAAGAAACUCCUUGGUUGAUUGUUCUUGUUCACUCGCCAUGGUACAACAGCAAUGGUUAUCACUAUAUGGAAGGUGAAAGCAUGAGAGUCACGUUCGAGCCAUGGUUCGUCGAAAACAAGGUCGAUAUUGUCUUUGCCGGUCAUGUUCAUGCGUACGAGCGAUCAGAGCGUGUCUCCAAUAUCAAGUACAAUAUCACUGAUGGUUUGAGUUCUCCAGUUAAAAAUCCAUCUGCUCCUAUUUAUAUCACCAUUGGGGAUGGAGGCAACAUAGAAGGAAUCGCUAACGAAUACACGUACCCGCAACCGAGUUACUCGGCUUAUAGGGAAGCUAGUUUCGGACACGCUCUCCUAGAGAUAAAGAACAGGACACACGCUCUUUACACUUGGCAUAGGAACCAAGAUGACGAGCCAGUUAUAGCCGACUCUCUGUGGGUGAAGAAUAGACACUUCUUGCCGGAGGAGGAGGAGACACUUUCCGGCGACUCGAGUGCCUGAUUUGCUUUUGUUUUUUCUAGUUUUAAUUUUCCUUUUUUUUUCUUAGGAUUUUUUUCUCAUUUUAGAAAAAAAUAACGUUAGACAGUGUUCUUUGAACUUUGUUAUGUUUUGUUAGUUUUAUCUACUAGUUGUGUUAUUAUUUUAUUCUAGAAAUGAUAAUAAUUCCAACACGUACAAUACUUUUUGUGCA